AUGAAUAACGAGGAGCAUGAGCAGAACAAGAUGGUCUCUCCUCCGACCACCACGAGCCUCUCUCUUCCCAAUGACAUACUUUUGAGCUUCCUAAGCCGCGUUUCAAGACUCUAACCCACGGCUAGUGUUCUUGAUGGGAAAAUAUACGUAGCGGGAGGCUGCGAAGAUUGUGAUUCGCUGAACUGUAUAGAGGUGGUCGACCCAAAUACUCAAAGUUGGGAGUCUGUGGCAAGUCAUGGCACUGGUGGAUGCGAGAGACUUGUAUACAAAGGCAUAGGGAUCGAAGGAAAGUUUCACUUGUUAGGAGGUGCGAGUCAUGUAGCUUAUGACCCUAGAAAAGGUAGAUGGGACUCGGUAGGAACGGAAAUGGAUAUAGGUCGAGCGUGGGUUUCUUAUUGUGUGAUAAAGAACAUAUUGUUGUAUUAUCACGAAAGGGAUAGAGAGUUCAAAUGGUAUGACUAUAAAGGAAGAUUCUGGAGGAAGUUGAUGGGUUUGGAAAGGUUGGUUAAGUUUCUAUGUUACAGCCGUGUUAGCUUGGCGCAUUAUGGUGGUAAGAUGGCUGUUUUGUGGGAUACUUUUGUGCGUGGAAGUGGUUCGAAGAACAAGAUGGUUUGGUGUGCAGAGGUUAGCCUUGAAAGCCAUGACGUAUAUGAUGUUUGUGGUAAGAUUGAGUGGUUUGAUGUUGUCCUUAGAGUUUCCAAAUCAUACGAGUUGGUGCAUGUUAUUGCUGCUACUGUUUGAUUAGCUGGAUUUUUUCUCUUGUAAAGACUUUUCUCCUACUUCUGAAUUGCAUUUGUAACACAUGUUAGUCCAAAGCGCUAUAGAACAUGGAAGGUGAA